AGGUCACGUCGAUUGAACAAUAGGGUCGAAGAUUCAGAGCAGAAACGCAGCGGGCCAAGACGCCUGGACGUAAUAUUACCGAACAACUGAUCACUUCAUAAAAGUGAUCCGGGUAAAAAUUUAGCAAAUGUACAUGAAAUCUACAACCAGGCGUUGAGAAAGGGCAGCGUUAAGAAUGGCAAGAAUCGCCGUGGUCAAAGCUAGGCGCAACUCUGGGUACAAGCUAAUUAGCUGUCUUGGACUCCGGCUAAUUCACAUCAAGCUUCUGGGUGAGGAUACUGAAUUAAAAGAAGAAAUUAACACGGUUCCAUAAUGGUUACCAAUCGAAGAUGCGAAGUAAGUGAUUUUCCAAAAGACAGAAUCAGCAAUAGUCACACUGAGCCUUCACAACCUGCUUGGCCACACCGUGGCUGUAUCGUAGGAAUAUGCCUGCUCCAAACUCAGCUAGAAACCUGCUGUGAUCCCUCUAAAAGGUUCAUGGUAAACGUGAGUGUCAGCCGCCGCUAUGUUAUAAGGAAGUAAAGGAUCUGCAAGUGCCAGAGAUGAGAGGCUCAGGUUGCUCAACUCAUACUUUGUGCAAUCUUGGUAGAAGAUACUCAAGAAACCUUUGGCAAAUGACGGAGGCUAAAGUUUAAUAGAAUGUCUGUAGAGAUUCAGACCGGGAAUAGUAUGCUGGAUUCGUACGUGGUCAUACGCAGUAUCUAGAAGGAAGCAGGACAUCCAGAGGUCCAGAAUCCAAAUCUAAACGGUCGAUAGGAAAUGUGAUGGCGAGCACGUAAAGGAAAUAUGGAACAUGCUGGUGAAGUGAAGCCUUUCUGGCCUCAGCCUGGAGACAUAAUCAUUCGAGACAUAAGAAAUGUGGAUGUGGCUAAAUACUCUCAAAUAAUUUCGAUUGAAGGCCUGGUCGAACUCUACAAAGACGAGUUCUUCUCCGUGAGAAGUAUCACUGAUGACGAGUGUGCACUUUCCUCGUUUAACAACCUUCUCUUCCGGCCCGGAGACCACGCACUGCGCAUCGGGGAAUUCAAGUUUCCCACUCGGAAAUGGGAGGAUCACAAAUAUGGAGAGCUCUUCAUCUACUGGCCAGACUUUCACUCCAAAGGUCCCUGGAUUCGUGUACCGAGUGUCUUCCGACUGGACCAUGGACUCAGAUUCCAACCUCCGACAAAGUUCCAACCCUCCGACAACGAGCAUCCCAUGUCAGCUUCAUAUAUUUGCAACAAGUUUCAGUCGGGGGAGUUCCACUGGGCAGAGGGGGACAUCCUCGUUCGCAAAUUCGAUCUGUACAGACAACCUGAGGAAGAGGAGUGGAACGAAGAGUCCGGAAUGAGUCCUAGAACGUGGUGGGAGCAGCAAGAGAAGAUAAAAACCGAGAUUGAAGAAUGGAACGAAAGAAACCCUUGGGAAACUUUGCUGGGAGCUGGUCAAGUGUUGGCAGAUUGGAAUAUGGAUCUCCUUCACAUCGGCGACCUGAUAGUGCGCGUUCGGGCCCAACAUGGUCCUCGGUACAGGCAUGAAUACAAGACGUAUAGCACCCGACUCGAUGUCGAGGCGUUUCUCCACCUGGGAGACAACAGGUGGAGGAACGUGGGUAGAGAUGGAUUCUCAUUUGAUUUCCAUCGUGGCAUACGAGAUGUAAAGAACAUUCACAGAAAAUAUCCCUCGCUCAGCAACAUUCCUCAGCCCGGGGACAUCAAAAUUUCGCUGGAUCGACAAUUUCAGGCCUUCGAUCCCAUCGUAGGUCGAGGUGGGUACAUUCAGCUGCAUCAAAACUGUCCAACUGUGGGUGCUGAACUUCCGGGAGAUUCCGAAGGCUGCAAAUAUCAAAGGCAAUGGGCGAACUCGGGAAACCCCAUCAUCUUAAGAAUGGGGCGAUUUGAACACUGGCGCAGGCCGGUAUACAUUUACCAGGUGCACGAGCAACCCUGGGUUUGGUUCUCGAACAACAAUUUUGAGCUCUAUGGCCGCCAUCCAACAGUUCUGGGCUCCUGGAUGCUGCUCUCGAGCGCAGACAAGUCUUAUCCAAUCCGCCCACCUGAACAACUCACUCUUGAACCGUGGGAAAGAUUUGAGCGACAGCCAUACACUGGUCGGCAUUCAGUCCUGGAUGAAUCCUCGAAACUUCGAUUGAACGAGGUCGCCCCUAAAUUUGCACCCAGGGAGAGGGAUGUUGUCAUUCGGCAGGACAUAAAUAACGACACCUUCGGACACAAGAAUCGCAAAGUGUUUCCAUGGGUACCUAGACGGCCGCUCUAUGGGGGAGAUCUCCUCGUACGCUUCGAGGACAAUGCCUCCAUGCCACAAUCAGGUUUCUCCUGGAAGUUCACAGUGGAGCUUUAUGCCACGGUGAUGAAUGAAGAGAACCAGCAAGUUUUCAUAUUUAGAGGUCGUGAUCAAGUCUUCUACGGAGAAACUCUUCUACGUGGAGAAAUUUGUUCUACUUGGUACCGACACAUGGUUGUUCGGCCUGAGCCUUUCUUUUUGGACCGAGAACUUGAGAGACGAAAAAGAGCUUCAGAGAAAGCAGACCGAGUACAAAAGCCUGUCACAGCUAUGCUCAGUCAAUCGAAUCCAUUACUUGCUUCGGGUGAUUAACAAUUUUGUACAUGUGAUGGUGAAGACAUAGAUCCUAUGUCGUAUAGAAUCAUCAUUCUUUGCAGAUAGAAGAUGACCUCUGCAUUAAUCAUUUCUCUAAGAUUGAUGCCUCAAACUGCCAGAAGGAGAUUGCUUUCCCUCUUUAUUCGAACAUUAAUUUGUUGACACUCGUUCUUCAUGGAGCAAGAAUGCCACUGCUAUACAUCAAAAGAGCACAGUGAGGGAGUUAAACCAUGUGAAACAAACACAACAUGAAAAUUGCACCCGAGUGCAUAAAGGCGUACUCUGCUCAAAUAUGAGAAUCUCACAAAUCUCCAUUCUACAUGCUUCAAAAUACAUGAGCUUUGUUAAGUAAAAGCUCCGAAGGGUGGAGUUCCUUGAUUCGACAUCUUCGACACUGCCAGGAAUCUUUGACUUGAUAAACUUCAAAUAUGUGUCGACAACAUGCUGGAAAUGUUCAAAAUGGUGGCCCAGUUAUUCAAAUAUCUGAUUUACCGAGCUAAUGCUUAGGGCUUUAGUUCCAUCAUUCUACAUCCAAAUCUUGAUACAAGCUAUUAGGGUUAGGGUAUCGUUGUACAUAGCUACUUUACAGAGAAUAUAGUCAACUUAUUAGGAGAGAAGACUAUUGAUCUAUAUCAG